CCCCCCCCCCUCCAUCCCCAUACUCUUUUCAAUGACGGAGCAGGACGAGCUCCCCAAUGCGAAACGACACGCGACCAUGCUCUCCAGCUCGCCCACGCCAGCCAACAGCCAGUCGCAACGCCCGUCGCUGCCAUCCAAUGCGUCGACGAGCGCUCUCUCAGAAUCACCAGACGGCAGUCUCCCGCGACGGACGCCCGUGGACUGGCGGCCUGUCCCUGUGCUGCUCGCUGAGGUCGAAUCCCACACGAUGCCCACCGCUCGAGCGAUCGUCGCAAGAGUGGACCUGCCAAAGCAGAUGAGCGCCGUCAUUGCGUUCAUCCAGCAGUGCAUGCAACCCGAGUCAGCUCGCCUGGAGCAUUUGAGACGUGUUCGAAAACCAUCCAACAGCGUCAUGCAAGUGUUAAUAUGCCUCGUAGACUCGGUGCCGCUUUUGCGGACGCACCACGAAAUAUCCACGCCAUCAGAUACAAGUAGUGGGAGUGACGCUGCUUGCAACGGCAACUCCAGUUCGUCCCUAACCAGCGACCAGCUCUUGUUGGGCAUCAAGAGUCUUCUCCAAAGCCGUGGCGUGGCGGACGACAAGUCUCAAGUCCUGGAGUCGUUGUCCCUUUGUGUAACUGACGUGCCGGAACGGAUUGCGGCGAAUCAACAGCAACAUGCGGCUGGUAAUGCCUUGUGGCCUCUUGCCCACGCUUCAGCACUCACCGCCGCAAAAAACUCGGCAUUGGCCGAGAUGUUAUUUUCAGACGACGAGCUUCAACGCAUGGACGGCUAUAUGGAUAUCGCAAUUGCGCAGGCACAGGCGGCCAGAGCCCAAGGCAACUCUCCAAUAGGCGCUGUUGUGGUGGAUCCAGCGACCAAUACAAUACUGGCAUCGGUUGGCGAUUGUUCCCGCGAGCACACGUUGGCGCACGCGGCGAUGGUUGCCAUUGCUCGAGUGGCGGAUGCUCAGCGCCAAGAGUAUCUAGCUGCAUUGCAGCAGGGCGAGAACGGCGCACCCGCUUCGGCGGAGGCGGGCAACAGCAGGCCAGUCGCAGAGCUGCCCUACUUGUGCACCUCGUACGACUUGUACAUUACUCGCGAGCCAUGCGUCAUGUGCUCGAUGGCUCUGGUGCAUUCACGCGUUGGUCGGGUGUUUUUCGGCACGCCCCAUCCCGACAUGGGCGGCCUCGCCGGUGCGCGUCGGAUACACGCCGAGCCGAAACUAAACCACCAUUUUCUCGCGUUCCGAGGCGUAGCCGAGCGUCGAUGCGCCGCUUUAUUCUGCGAUGGAGCGGACACGGAGUGAACACGGUGUCAAAGUUGGUGAUUUUCGCGAACGAGCUCAAUAAACAGCGACCUGAGAUGAGC